GUAGCGAAGGUGUAAUAGUGCUCUCUCUCUCUCUCUCUCUCUCUCUCUCCUCUUUCUCCUCGUCGUCCCGGUGACGAUAAAUAAGGCCCAAAAGAGCGGUGUCGAAUCCUAACCCUAACCCUAACCCUAAUUCGCCAUUAAUGUGUUUUCCUGUGAGCUCGGGGGGGCCGUUUCCAGUUUCCCUAUCCUCCGAUUUCCGCUUCCCGACAAGCGAUUUAAGGCAACUGGAAUCUCUGAGCGGCGAAAUUUAUGUAGCCUAUUAAAGCACCGAACCCCUUCUCCCUCUACCCCAAACCCUAGGCCGUGAAUCGCGCCUCGAUAGAGGGGGAAAAACCCUUCCUUGUUUUUCGAUCCCCUCCUCUCCCCCAUUUCGCGCUCUCGGUGGGAUUCGAAGGGGGUUGGUGGGGAGUUUCUCGGAGGGCGAUGCUCACGUGCAUUGCGUGCUCGAAGCAGCUCGGCGGGGGGUCGCUCCGCGACGACCCCCCGGAGGACGACGACGCCGCGACGCCGAGCACGCGGCAGGCCAUUAAAGCCCUAACCGCGCAGAUCAAAGACAUGGCGUUAAAGGCGUCGGGAGCGUACCGGCACUGUAAACCCUGCGCGGGAUCGGCGACGGCGCGCCACCACCACCACCAUAGGUACGCGGAUUCGGAGGCGGCGUCGGGGUCCGAGCGGUUCCACUACGCGUACCGCCGCGCGGGGGGCGGGAGCGCGAGCGCGGGUCGAGCGCGGCUGAGGGGCGCCGCCGCCGCCGCCGCCGCGGCGGCCGCGCUCUCGAGCGGCGACGCGACGCCGUCGAUGAGCGGCCGCACCGACUCCGAGUCCGCCGCGGGGCGGCGGCGGCGCGGCGUUCAUGGCGGCGGCGGAGGCGGCGGCGCGGCGGAGGAGGAGGAGGAGGAGGCGAAGGAGUGGGUGGCGCAGGUGGAGCCCGGGGUCCUCAUCACCUUCGUCUCCCUCGCCCAUGGUGGGAACGAUCUCAAACGGAUCCGUUUCAGCCGAGAGAUGUUCAAUAAGUGGCAAGCUCAACGCUGGUGGGCCGAGAACUACGACAAGGUCAUGGAGCUCUACAAUGUUCAGAGGUUCAACCGUCAGGCCGUCCCCCUACCCACACCUCCCAGAUCGGAAGAUGAGAGCUCCAAAGAGGACAGCCCUGUGACUCCUCCACUAGGGAAAGAGCGGUUACCUCGCAACUUCCAGCGGCCGGUAACGGGUGGUGGAGGGAUGGGAUACUCAUCAUCGGAUUCGUUCGAGCAUCACUCAAGUCACCAUGGUAACGGCAAUCACCAUCAACACCACCACCACCACCACGGCCACGGCCGCCACUAUAAUGAUUCAUGUGGCCUAGCGUCCACCCCAAAGUUGUCGAGCAUCAGCGGGGCGAAGACAGAGACAUCAUCGGUAGAUGCGUCAUUGAGGACCAGCUCCUCCCAUGAUGAGGCAGAUCGGUCUGGUGAACUCUCGGUGUCAGUCAGCAAUGCAAGCGACCAAGAGAGGGAAUGGGUGGAGGAGGAUGAGCCUGGGGUCUACAUCACGAUCAGGGCUUUGCCUGGUGGCAUGAGGGAGCUCCGCCGAGUCCGAUUCAGUCGAGAGAGGUUCAGUGAGAUGCACGCAAGGCUGUGGUGGGAAGAAAACCGUGCAAGAAUACAUGAACAAUAUCUCUGAGAAGAUGGAGAACAGUUGAUGAGCACCUGUUUCUUUGAAAAGGUCGACGCCGGCUGUGUCCCAGGAUGAAAAGUGCUUCUUUCUUCUUCGUUUUCGUAUAAGCAAAUAUAUUUCUACAUCGAGUACUAACAAAUGAGUAUUGUUACCCCAUUCAUCGCAAAGCUUGGUGGUGUCUUGUGUGACAGCAAUUUCUAUAAAUAGAAAAUGCAUAUCUUCUCUUACCUUUUCUUUUGCCAA